AUUCUUCUGCCCACGCAUCUACACUUUGAACGGCUUCCAAGUUCGACAGGCGCUGAGGGACAACCAUGGCCACCUCCGCUCUGUGAAGCCGUCCCAGCUUUUCUGGUCCAUCUCUAUCCAAAGUCUUUUAAACCGGAACUCACCAAACUCCUCUCCGCAAUGGCAGCCUACGACCCGGCGCAUUUAACAAACCCCAACAACGCCGGUUCCACUGAACCAGCCUCUCAGAAGGAUCCGAAAAGCCCAACCAUUCACGUAGUUCAUGAGGUGGAUCUUUCUAGCGUCUCCAUGGAAAUGCUGGAGGACCUUUCGCAGAUUCCCUCCGAGAGCAUCGAAGAGGCAGUUGCGAAUGUGGUGGCGAGCGCUCCCAAUCUAAAUCUGAGGAUUGAACCCGGUCGGGGGAGACAGCAAGCAGAGGAUAUUGUGCGGCAGGCUGGCCUCGAGUUAAAGAGAAGAAGAGGUGGCUGA